AUGGCUCCGGCCAGAAUUAUCGCGGACUCGGAUGAUUCUGAAAACGAUUUCGAAUCGGGAGACAGUCCCUUGAAACCCACAACUGCCACAAUACCAAGCGAAGGCCGCUCCUCCGACCCCGUGAGCGUUGCGACUAACUCGACCGAUCCCAAGUUCUUUCAAGCGAUAUAUACCGAGCAACAGCGUGCGGCAGCCGGCGACCCCUUAUCAAAGCCAGAAAGAACAUUCGCAUCCAAUGUUGCAGCACCCAGCUCCUUAUCAGCAGAGAUUAAGUCAUCGUUGGAGAAGACCAACGCCAACAUCUCCUCGCCCAUCUCAGUCAGCGAUCCUGUCUCCGGUUCCAAUAGCGCCAACGUAAAGGAACCAGAGGUGGUGGACCUUACGGAAGUCACGACACCCAAGAUGACCGCUCAUGCUACCCCCGACGACAUGUGGGAUGUUCCCAGUAGCCCAGUUGGCGGCCAAGCGCCUCUUGCCACCUAUGCGAAGAGCAGAUUAUCAGCCAGCUGUACAAAAAGAAAGCGAGCAAACAACGUAGACUUUACGUCCCCAGUUGCCAUUGAGAUCCCUUCGCAGGGUUCCACGCAGCCUUUCGACGCUGCUCCUGCCGCGAGGAUAGAAACUGGAAAGAGAGCAAGGCUCGGAAAUCCCGACUUGUUUUUGUCGGCUGAGGACGACGUCGAUAUGGUGGUGGUCCCACACGCAGCUGCGGUUUCGUCGUUUGGCGACCUCGUCUCUGGCCAGAAACCUGUUUCAAUAUGCAUCGAGCCCCAAACACUGAGUGCAAGUCAACGGUUGGAGUAUGAAUAUCACUCGGUUGGCCCGUCCCCAGAGGAUCCCGCUCCUUCCCCUACUCAGCCAUUUUCGACUCUGCAAGCUGCGGCCAGGUCAAGCGGGGCCACGACUAUAGCAUACUCUACGCCGAGCCAGACCAGAGUGAUUGGCUUGCCUUUGGCGUCCGUCGGGGGUCAUGUCACGCUGGACACCGUUCACGAGCAGACCCAGGAAGGUUUUGGGUUACCAGUCAAUCCAGAGGCGACAGUGGAGAUACAAUCUUCCCCUGAUAUUAUAUCCGCCGCAUCCGUCCGCCGGAAAAGAAAGAAUUUGAGGGACGAACCCCCAAAGACGACAGAGUCUCAUCGCGAAGACGACGGCUGGGAUCCAGACGCCAUCGGCUUCCAUCGAGAAUCAUACAAGCCUCAUCUCAGCCGACGGAGAGGUAGUGAUGUUAGCCGGGAGGACGAGGCUGGGGAUCUAGAAAGCAACGAGAUUCCCGUUGCCGAUAUGGGCCCAGCCGCGCAGCUGCCCUUUGAGGAGCCCAUUUCACCUAUUGCAACAAAACCAAAGAAGAGAGGACGGCCGAGAAAGUCAGAAACCGCUGUAUUGGCUAGCCCGGUUCCUGCCGAGACAACGACUGCACCGCAGAUCAUCAACGCGAGUGGAGCCGUGAAGGAUGCCGCAGAAUCAGAGACUGCAACGGCGGCUACACCACAGACCAAGAAGAAGCGCGGACGGCCAAAGAAGGCGGACAAGAACGCAAUAGAAAGCGUGCAGCAAGCAAAUGAGAAGCCACAUGUGCCCGAAGCGCAGCAUUCUUAUGGUGCCGACAAAGUUGAUACCAAGACAGAGGGGAAGCAUGCGGUUGAUACCCCAUCGGGAAAGGCGGCAAAGUACACCAAGGGCGAGCAUGUUGAUACGCAGCAAGGUUCCACAGCAGAUGCGGGCGAUGGCCCCCGAGAGAAGGGCAACGAUCGGGUGCUGCAGCCAGUGACACCUAAUGCGGCGCUGAAGCCCGGUCCCGACGGACUGGGACCGCAGAGCGCGGCAGCAGAGCGUAAAGUAGCGGCCAAGAAAGAAAUCCGCGGACCAGCGGAUGGUGACAAGUCUGGAACGGCAGGUAAAGCUGAUGAAAAGCAGAGGUUGAAAACGCCUGCUUCUUCCUCGGCGACGAAGCCUAUCUAUCGCGUGGGACUCAGCAAGAGGUCGAGGAUUGCGCCAUUACUCAAGUCACUCAAAAAGUAA